UUAAAUCUGACGUCAAUCCUCUUUGUGAACCGUGUCCGUACCAGCUAGUCCAGGCUCAAGGACUAGUGAGAUGCACGACAACGCUAGUACCAGUCUGUGUCACAAAGCAGACGACAAAAGCAACAUGGAGGCUAAGGGACCAUCUGCCAUGUCGGCGGUGUGCGUCUACCAGUCCAUCAGUCCGCAAUGUCAGAAAGCCAUGACUGAGUACCUACGGACUGGUAGCAUCAACGAGAAUUCCAUUAGCUUCGAUCACAUCCGGGACUUUCUAACGAUCUGCAACUCCAUCCACGGUCUUCAUCAACUCAGAAAUAUGUGCACGAAGAAACUUUUGCACAACUUAAACAAGAACACCAUGUUUGAUAUAUUUAACCUUGCGGACGAAUUCGAUUUGUCUGAAGUGACUGUCAAAUGUGCAGAUGAAAUUAUGGACAGCAUAAAUCAUGUUACUUUGUUUCCAGAAUUCAUUACCUUGACCAAUACGCAAAUGGAAGCUCUUGUAAAUAGUCCACAGUGCAGAAACAAACUCUGUGUUCGGGACGCUUUGUACCAAUGGUGGCAGUAUGACACUGGCAAACGCACUGGUGUCUAUGAAUCUCUAAGACAAAAAGUUGAUAGUAAUUUGUUUCCAAUACCACAAAGACAAAGUGAUGGAAGAUCGUAUUUGGUAACAUUCUCCCUUAAUCAAAAGGGUAAUAACAAGAACCAACUAUGCCCGGAAGCAAAGGUUCUGGAUCUGCACACAGAAAAAGAAUAUACCGCAUCUUUGAAGAAAAAUUUAGAGAUGAACUAUGGCUUCGCCGCUUGCUGUCUGCAGCCUGGCGUUUCAGAACCUCCAUACAUUUUCCUUUCUGGCGGAAACAAAAGAUCGUCAAGAAAAAUGCUUGAAUGUGACGUGAUCAUGAACAAAUGGAAAGUCUGCAGCAACAUGAAGAAUCCCCGCUCUUUCCAUGCUAUGGAAGCUGUGCGCGAUAAAUUGUAUGUUUUCGGUGGGCGACACGAAGGAAAAAAUGUCUCCCAAAUCGAGGAGUUCGACCGAAAGAAAAAUUCCUGGACAGUUGCUGGGAACUUAAAGUGGAAUGUCCACUCCGUGGUAUCCGCUGUCUGUGGGGACUUUGUCUAUCUGUUUGGCGGGAAAAGAGAGAGCGGAGAUAACGUCUCCGUCAUUCAAGUGUUUGAUUGCAGGACGAGGUCCGUGGAGAUCGCGGGUUAUCUACCCGUAGAGUGUUCUGGUGGAAGAUGCAUGGCUAUCGGACAAUCCAUUUACAUAUUUACUGAACAGGGUCACUGCAUCAAGUACUGUACUGAGGAAAAUACAAGUGUGAUGUUAGCGGCCCAGCCGGGAUGCCGUCACAGAUUUAGUCUCUACUUGCGGGGCUCCCAUUUCUCUAUCAAUGGCGGACUUGAUUCUCAGCGGAAUUCCCCGGAAUACAACCUUAAAUACUCAAUCCAGGAGGAGUCUUGGAAACAAAUGUCGUGCAGAAGCAGCAAGCUUAGGAACCAUGAAAUAUUUGGACAGUGUUUCGUAAAGAUUCCUAACGAUUUACAAUAUAUUCCCUUUUGUUGAUAUUUAUUACACUUUGUACAGAUAAUAUUGCAAUUAGACUGUGUUCUCAAUGUUUGGAUUUGUUGAAAGGAUUUUUUUAUUUAUACUUAUAAAAUGCUGUUUUGUUGGUUUAUGUUGUUGUUGCACAAAUUUUAUUGUGUUAUGAAAUAAAA